UUAAAACGCAGAGUAACCAAAGCAAAGAGAAAGCAAGCAAGGCAAAAGGGAAGGAAAAUCAAGCAAAAGCAUCGAGUAGGAGCGGUAAACAAAAAAAAAUUGGAAAUCAAAAGAAUGGCGUCAUCGUCGAGCAGCGGUCUAACCUUCAAGCUUCAUCCGCUGGUAAUCGUGAACAUAUCGGAUCACUACACUCGUGUCAAGUCCCAGUUGAACCCUCCUCCGCUCACCUCCACCUCCGCCACCGUCAAUGGCGUCGAAAACCAGCAGCAAGCUCCUCGAGUCUAUGGAUGUGUCAUAGGCGUCCAGAGGGGCCGCACCGUCGAGAUCUUCAACAGCUUCGAGCUUCUCUACGAUCCCUCCACCCACUCCCUUGACCGCCCCUUCCUCAAGAAGAAACAGGAGCUUUAUAAGAAGGUUUUCCCCCAUUUUUAUAUACUUGGAUGGUACUCCACUGGGAGCGAUGCCCAGGAAUCCGAUAUGCACAUUCAUAGAGCCUUGAUGGAUAUUAAUGAAAGUCCUCUCUAUGUGCUUCUCAAUCCUGCAAUCAAUCCCACGCAAAAAGAUCUUCCAGUCACCAUUUAUGAAAGUGAGCUGCACGUUAUAGAUGGGAUUCCGCAGCUUAUUUUUGUCCGUUCGAGCUACACAAUUGAGACUGUUGAAGCUGAGAGGAUCUCUGUGGAUCAUGUUGCCCAUCUAAAGCCAUCUGAUGGAGGUUCAGCAGCAACUCAAUUGGCUGCUCAUCUUACUGGUAUACAUAGUGCCAUCAAGAUGUUGAAUAGCAGAAUUAGGGUACUUCAUCACUAUCUUGUUGGGAUGCAAAAAGGUGAUAUUCCUUGCGAAAAUUCACUAUUAAGGCAAGUAUCAAGUCUCCUCAGAAGGUUACCUGCCAUUGAAUCAGAAAAAUUUCAGGAUGACUUUCUGAUGGAAUACAACGACACAUUAUUGAUUACUUAUCUUGCAAUGUUCACUAACUGCUCAAGCACAAUGAAUGAGCUAGUCGACAAAUUCAACACUGCUUAUGAUAGGCAUAGUCGAAGGGGUGGACGGACUGCUUUCAUUUGAAUGUGGGUAUUGUUUAUUAGUAAGUUAGAUUUUUGUUGGGGAGAAUGGUGAUGCUGUUUGUGUUUGCAGUGUUUCAAAGCUUCUUAAAUAAGGUAAUAUGAUUUGAAGUACUAAUAUGGUAUUAAUAGGGAUAUUUAAACUUCCUAGAGAUGACUGUAAGUGGUGCCUGGCCUUACCUUGCCUGCAUAUUUCGUCAUUUAUAGACAAAAAACUACAGUCGCCUCAAA